AUGUCGCCAUUUGAGCCCCUGUAUGGUAGGGGUUGUCAGUCUUCUGUUUGUUGGGGUGAGGUUGGUGAGCGAAAGUUGAUAAGAACUGAGCUGGUGCAGAUGACAAAUGAAAUCAGGCAGAAGAUUAGAACUCGAAUGCUAACACUGCAAAGUAGACAGAAUAGUUACGUUGAUGUUUGGCGUAGUGAUCUUAAGUUCGAGGCAGGGGAUAAAGUAUUUCUGAAGGUAGCACCUACAAAAGGUGUUCUGAGAUUUGGAAGGAAUGGGAAGCUCAAUCCGCAUUUUGUGAGGCCAUUCAAGUUGAACGAGAACCUGAGUUAUGAAGAGAAGCCUGUACAGAUUAUUGCAAUGGAAGUGAAGGUUUUGCACAACAGGGAGGUGGCACUGGUGAAGAUUCUAUGGCAAAACCAUCAGUUCGAGGAAGCAACAUAA